GUCUACAAUAAGCAAACUUGAAUCUGAAUCUAUUGAUAAUCGGAAAGUUUGAGCGCGCUGUUUGGGAUUGUACGGUCAGGUGAGUAGGUUCAUCCUGCGAAGUAUUCGUUUUAAGACACAGAUCUGGUAAAAUUUUGAAAUAAGAUCACCAUGAAGUUUUAUUUUCAGUCUGAAAGUCAAUUCAUUUAAGUAGGCCUAUCCUUCGGUUGUUAUUGUGUAGAUUUGACUAUUUCCGUUUUUAAAUGACUUUGAUCUGAAGUAAUUUCUAAGCUCACUUAUAUGAUGACUGUUAGAAUUUUACCUCCAAAUGUCCCUAGAUUUAUCUAGGGACUUUCCACCAUAGUGGGAAUUAAUUAAUACAGUUAACGGAGAUAAGAAUAAUUUCUACCAACAAUUUUAAUAACUACAUAGGGUGUUACAUUCGACGUAAUACAACGAACCAUUUGUGCCCAACCGGUAUUGGACCCUACUGAAAAAUAACCAACUCACUAAUCAUGAUAUUUCCAGAUUUCGUAGUCUAUAAAAGCACAAAUAUACACUAAGUUCGAUUCCUCUGAGUACUUUACGUAUAACUGUUUUGAAAACUUCACUCAACGCUAUAUGAGUGAACACAAUCUCAAAAAACGCCAAUAGGUGAGACCAUAAUUUACGGACGAACCAAUCAGAUAUAGGAUAUCAGGUCUUGAAUUUUGGUGCGAAAUUCAUUCAUCCAUUUGGCCAAAUGGCGUUUUGGCGUUUUAACUGGUUUCAGUUCGUUAUGAAAGCCUUAAAUAUAGUUACUAACCACAACCACUACCUGUAUAUAAUGAUCCUAAUUUCCCACAGCGGUUUACAGCCCUCAGUCCUAGUUAGUAGACGGACAUUCUAAAGGUCACUCUAGCGUCGCCAUAAGGUUGUCCAUAAAUUAUAGACUCAAUCAUCAAUUCUAACACUCCGAUCUAGAUGAUGGGUAGUGAAGUUUACUUGACUAAUUAUAAAGUCAACGUUAGAGUAGUUCGUGUUCAUAUAAACAUGCCAAGAGGAUUGAUAUCUUGAGUCCACUGUAGGUUAUUCAUUUUUACCUUCUGGCAAGUUAGUUUUUGAAAUUUCAAUUUCAUCUAAGAUGGUACCCAUUUUGUCAAUAUAAUCACUUUUACUAAGAAAGACAACUGAACCUUUGUUAGGCUUCGUAAUCAAUAACGUCUCAUCCUUUUGGAGCAUGUUGAUAGCGUCCUUUUACUUUUUUGUAAAAAUGCUUUUUUAAUUAAAUUUUUUUAUGCUGGUAACAACAAUUUACAAAGUUUGAUUUCAAAUAUUAUAGUUGUUGACCGGAAUUCGCAAAUAAAUGCCAUGACUAUAUAAAUAGUCAAACUAUAUACCUGUUUGUGGUUAGAGUGAUUCCGGGUAUCACAGAAUUUCAUACUUAAGGAUAAUAUUUCUGGUUUUUCCUUAUCUAGUUCAACACUUAAAAAAUUAUGGACAUCCGUUUUGCAACAAGCUAGAAAUUUACUUUCAAAUGUUUAAUUCUUCAGACUUUUCAAUAGCUGGAUACGUUUCGUCUCUGCUCUCUGUUCCAUAACGUUCGUAACAUAAUCCAUAAAGAGCAUUCUCAAACCAUCCAUUAGGUCGUCUACAGCAUAUUUUCUGCAAAAAUAAUUUAUUUACAUCUCUUCAAUACCGGAAUGCAAAGUGUCAAUCUGGUUCAGGACGUAGCGUUUCAGUAUUUUUCUAUUUUGGUAAACUCCGUUCCGUCGUAACAAUGUAUGGUAUAAUUUUGAGUGGUGACUUGAGUCAGUGCAGUUGUUGAUAAAUCCCCUAACAGUUUUCGUCCCAACGGACUUUACAUCAUACUUCAGGAACUCAUUGAACUCCUUCAACGCAAUGAGUUGUUCACAACUCUUUAAUUAUUUAAACAUCCCAGUCAUAUUAAGAGACUAAUAUACGGACGAAAAAUAUUGUUUUCAGUUAAUUCUCUUCAGGUUCUAGAAUUAUAUAUCCAAAUUAAUAAUCCGAAAAGUGGUCAGGUUCACGAAAAAGUGCAUCGUUUAAAGUUGUAGCAUGUGAAUUUAGGAUUAUUAAAUAAAAUAAAAUUGUUAAUGUUGAGAUGACUCGUAUGUAGUGCUAAUUAGAAUCAGCUUAUAUGUUGAGUGAAAUUAUAAGAUUCACAAUCAGAAUAAAUAUGUAUCAGGUCAGACUAAAUUAUUUAUUCACAUGUCAAGAAAGACAAAUCUGAACAGUUCUUCCACUGACCGUUUCUAGCUUACUUGAUUCUGAGCCGAGUUGUACUACCGCCUUACUAAACUGUUCUUAAACGUGAAUUACUAAUUUAGAGCUGAUAAAAAUAGUUUGACAGCACCAUCAAACAUCUGGUUCCAGAAAGCAUAUUCAGUUUAUAAUCCAUGCACUAAUCAAAACUGAGACCACUUGUUUUAUUUUGCUAUGAAAAUAAUAAAACAAAGGAAAUAAGGCUUUGAAAUGGCUUCGCGGUGACUGGCUUCAUCCUGAUCCAUACUAUCUACCACUACCCUAAUUCACGACUCAAUGUUAGGAGUCAAAUCACUCUAAAUCAAUAGAUUGUAGGUCUUAACCCGGGCCCAUUUUAAAUAAAUAGUUCUUAUACAAAAAUAUAUGACUCAUGGCCGAUUACUUAGAGUACAUAUGAUUUUCCUGUGAGACUAUAAUUUAUGGACGACCUCUGGGCGACACUAAAGUAGUCUUGAGAAUGUCCCCCUACUGACCAGGGCUAAAUGAGGGUUUCAAACCUGUGUGAAGUAUGAAGAUUGUGAUUUGCAUUUGAUGGUUAGGGAUAGGGAUUAGAUUUAGGGUUUUCAUCACGAACUGAUAUCAGCUCAAAUGUCAAGAUGCUAUAUAGUCAAAUGGAUAAAGAAUUUGGCGCCGAACUCCAAGACCUGUUAUCGUAAAUCUGAUUGGUUCGUCCAUGAAUUAUAGUCUCGCCGAUUUUCCGUUUUCAACAGUAUCAGAUUGUCUUUUUGGUGAUUCUUACUUUGGAUUUUUAGUGAUCGGAAGUGCUUCCAGCUAACACACUCUACUGAAUAACGGACUUACAACCAAUUAGUCAUGGGUCUAAACCGCGCUCCAGUUUGACCAACAAAUAGUACUAAUAAAACUUAGAAGUUAGUACAUAAACUUAUACGUAGUAAAUAAGUUAGAUUUAAAAAUUAAGAGGAACGUCCGCUUCAUCAUCUGACAAGAUUGUACUGAACCAAUAUUUCGUUAGUAUACAAAGUUUGUCCAUCUUUUCUUAGAUCGCAAAGUUGGUGUCUCAUUUAUAUAUUUCUACCAUUUGGUUUUUUGUUAUCCGCAAUCUUUUCUUAGACAAAUUUAACAUCAAUCUGUAAUGUAAUUUUAUUUCCGUUGUUUUUAUUUCAUAUUAGCAGGUUCAUAAGCAGACAUUGACGUUGAAUUAUUUGAUGGCUACUGCUUCUAAAACAGAAAGUAGACUUGUUACAGAGCAAAAUAUUUUCAAUUAUUGCAUCUCUGGUGAUUUGAAAUCAUUAAAAGAAUGUGCACGUUCUGUUGGUCAAGUAGUUCAUAAAAAUUCACUUGAUGGUCAAACUUGUCUCAUUGUAGCAUGUAGAAAUGGUAACUUUGCUCUUUUUCUCAUUGUGAAUCAUGUCAUCUAGGACAUUUAGAUGUUGCCGAAUACUUAAUCGACUGUCAUGGGGCAGAUGUUGAACAAGUCAGUUUCUUAUACUGUAUAGUUUCAGCUUUUACAGGAAUUUUUGCACUCGUAGUUAGCGAAUAAAUUGCUUUUAGAUUUUUCUGCUUUCACAACUAAGUUCAGCUAUGUUGGUUGCUUGAGCUGGUCCCUGACGAGUCCCAAAAGGGACGAAGUGCAAGCCAUGGAUUCGAUUCCAAGCCACUAUCCAUCUCUGCUUAGAUUUAGAUAGUUUUAAAUUAUUGCAAUAUUGCAAUUCAGUGUGCUCAAUUCGUCCUUUCACACAUCUAUUGCACUAGUGUUCACUACAUUUGAUUUUUAAACUAUACUAUUAAAGCCACUGUAUUUGCAGCUCGUUUUUAAAUUCAUUUCGCUCUGGAAGUACAUAGUACACUCGGUUUUAAGUAACACUUUACAAAUAUGAUACGUAGUGCUACUUUUUAGUUGCCGAAAUCAUAAUAGAUGCAAUGGUAUUCGAUGAUCUACUAAUUAAACACCAAUUUCUCUGACCAUAAAUCCACUGCUCUAAUGUAUCUGACGAUUUUGAAUUGACAGCUUUGGUAUUCUAACAAUCUUCUGAAUUCUAAACAUAAUUUUCCGACACUGAUAAUAAAGUAAUUUAUGUUCUCUUGAUCAAUGUUGUAACUUUUCAGUUUUGAUCAAGUAAUCUUUUCUGUUACUCAUAGGCUAGAUCUCAUUUUCUUUUAAAUAAUUACAGUGUACAAUUAAAAUGUUGAAAUCAAUUCUCGAUAAAUUUUUCAUGUUGCUCUUCACAUUACUUUGUGCCACCAAUGAAUAUAGUAAAUAGGAGUGAACAUGGUAUCUACAAAUUGAGCCGUUACAUAUUUGUGUCUGACCAUACAUUGACCAUUACUGACUUGGAAUAACAAUCAUAAAGAGCGAAAAUUUAGAUUCUCUUCGUUUUACAGCAAGAACUUUUUUAUACGGCUUACACCAGUUUUGGUAGUAAUCUUUUUUCUUACAAUAAUUUUUUAACUUUACUAAACUCAAAUAUUCAGGAAUUUUCGUAAAUACAAUGUAGAGUGGAGGGAUUAAUUAAAUACAAUCCGGUAAGCAAACACAUGUUCAUGUGUUUAGUUUCAACUAAUAAAUUCUAUGUAAAAAAGAUAGUGAUCGUAUCUGAGAGUCCAUACCUGGAAUCGGUAGCCAAGCGGAUCACAUGAUGGCGUUUGAAGCAAACGAUACUGAGUUCGAGCCCCGGAGUGAACAUCAACGUCGGGUUACAAGCACACCCAGCUGACGAGUCCGAAACAGGACAAAACUCGCUUCCUAGAUUCUACUACUAACCACGUUCCAUCAGUAAUCAUAAAUGAUUCUUAUUGUGAUGAUAGGAAAAAUAGGUGUAUAAUAUAAUAUUAUAUAAUAUUAUUGGGCACAUUAUUUUGUUAAAAACGUAUCUUACUUAAAUUUCUGGUCAUAAAAUUUACAUAAUGAAGGUUAACUCAUUCUUUUUUGCUCGUAUAUUUCUCUCAGGUUGGUGUUGUAGAGUUUGAAGGAGAACAAGUAGAAGGUGUACCUCCACUAUGGUGUGCUUCAGCAGCUGGACAUUUGAAAUUAGUUGAAUUGUUAAUUAGUCGUGGUGCAGACGUUAAUCGAACAACAAUUACUAAUUCAACAGCUCUUCGUGCUGCUUGCUUUGAUGGACAUGAACAAGUUGUUCGAUAUCUUGUUGAACAUGGAGCAAAUAUUGAAAAUCCAAAUCGCCACGGCCAUACUUGUCUCAUGAUUAGUUGUUAUCGUCGUCAUGAUAGUAUUGUAGAAUAUCUACUUAGUAAAAAUGCUCGAGUUAAUCGAAGAAGUGCUAAAGGUUAGUUCAUAAAUUUCCUUGUAUAUUUGUAUAUCUGUCUCUUAAGUGACUAACGAUUUGAUACAAUCAUGCAUGAAUGAAGUAAUAGUUGAGUAAUUUGAAGUCAGUUUUGUUUAUAAACUAAUAUUGAGUGGAGAAUUGUAGGAAACUAAGGAACACUUAACUGCUCGAGAUAGAUUGAUAUUAUUUAGCAGUAUACAUCUACAAUUUCCGUCAUGUCGUACACUACACUCUUAAUAUAUUGAUAAUAAUAUCCACUUUACAUUUCUCAAUGAAGCUUGAAACAAUGAUUUGAAGUUCUUACUUAGUAGUUAGGGCACUCAAAUCUUUGAACAUUAACGUUUCAAGUUCAAAUCCUACCUAAUACACCUCGAUUUCAUCAACUGGAUGUUAGUAAUAGUUUAUAAUUUUCUUCAGGAACCGAUAUUAGUGAGGUAAUUACAGGAAACUAAAUAGCUGAUUCGUUCAAGUAUAGAACUCCUCAACAGUGUGCACUCACAAUAUCACAUGAACCUUCAUGUGAUUUGGUAUUUAAGACUUAAACGCUCUCUGAGAGACCUGAAUGCCUUGUGUUAAACUGCCGACUGGAUAAACGAUGCCUAUGGUUGAGGAGUUGUAUACUAAAACGAAACAACUGUCCAGUUCCUCCUGGUUUUCACUGGUUACCUGACAAAUGCCAGUUUGUUAUGUAAAGCACAUAAUUCAGCAAUGUCUAUAAAUCCCUUAUAUUCAGGAUAGUAGCAACGUUGAGAUCUAAACGAAAACAUAUCUAGAAUUCAAUUAUUAAAACUCGGUACUUGUGUACUACUACUAAUUAUAUUUAAUAACAUUAUUAUUGUUAUUAAAAUCUUGUGUGUAAAGAUUGAUCACGCAAAUUUCACUUUCGGUUAUCUCAUGUAGAUAUGAGAUUAUUAUCAAGUGAAAAAUUUUGUGCUCGUUAAACUAGUGCGUUGUAAAUCGAUUUUUUCGCUCGCUCACUGGCUCUUUCUCUCUCUCUCUCUCUCUCUCUUGUUCUUUCUAUUGAUUUAUACAUAAUUGAGAAAAACUGAAAAUGUGAUUGAUUAAAGUUAAGAAAAAUAAAGCAAAUGACAUCAAGUGAUUUUCAUUUCUUUGUAUAGUUAUCUAACAUAUAAUUAGCAAUCAAAUUGAAUACAAGUUAGUAACCAAGUACAUGCUUGGGUCAUUGAACCACUGGGUCCUGUUUGCUGCCAUUAUAACAUUAGUCUAGCUGUAAAACGUUGGGUUUACUGCACGUCAGCGAGAACAGUUCUACUCAUGAUUUAUGAAACUUGGUUCCCUCAAGCUGAUGUUGUUUGGUGACUUUUUGUUCAAUCAUCACUAUCUCUAAAAGAAUGCUUCCAUCCAGUAGUAGCACCAAGUUAAUAAAGUCGACAUUCGGUAUAGUACGUUCAGGCACAGUGGUAAUGAUUUAAUUGAUACCACUAUUUUAAAAUGCUGACUUCAGUGUCUUGAUUAUGUCUUGCAAAUUUUAUCCUAUCGACUUCCAAAUUGCAUAUUAUUUUCUGGCGCAGGGACUGUUUAGAAACAAGGGAAAUAUGGCCAAUUUAUGACAUAGUGGGAUGGUAAGAAAGGUAACUGUAUAUGACUGCUACUGUCAGUUCAUCAUAGUUCCUGAGUGGAAGUCCUAAAGAUGGGGCAACUCAGUGGUUUCGGACAUUAUCGGAUUUCUUAGAAUAUAAUUCAAUCGUGAUCCUGAUGUAGUUCUCGACUACAUUUUAUAAAAGUAAGAUGAUCUUUAACUGAAAGAAUCCUUUCUUUGUGAACUUCAAAUAAACUGUACCUAUCAAUAAAUAUUAUUUCUGUUCAUUUCUUCGUUGGCUAUUCAUCUUCUUUCCCACUUAUUUCAUCACAACACUAGUGAUUCAUUUAAGUGAUCCAUUUUUAUUUUGGUCCCCGAAAGCAUCAUAAUUUAUGCGCUUUAGACAAAGAAAUUUCAAACUACAUAUUUAACCUAGCAGUUAGUUUUACUGCUAAUUAGUUGUCCACUAUUGUAGGAUGUAGGGAACAGAUCUUGAAAUCAUGCGUUUUGAACGGCUAAAUAUCGAAGGGCUUUAGACCAAUAAACUAUUACUUUCGCACUGUUAAUGAUUAAGGAAAUUUAUCACAUCAGUAUAGCGGGAUUUGUAGAGAUUGUAGAAUUUUCAUAAGUUAAAUCACGAGUCACUGAAAACCUGGAAGUACUAGGCGACUAUUUCUCCCCAAUAUAAGACGACUCAACAGUGCGUAUCCAUAAUCCAACGUCCAAGAAUUGAAUCCAGGACCUUCGAUCUUGCGUUCGUGAAAGCUUGACUCCUAGACCACUAAGUGGGCGGUCCGACGGUGUACAAGUCUAACCUUAAUCAAUACACGAGAUAUCGUUGUUUUUCUACCGUUAUGUAUGUUACUGUUAUCCAAGAUCUGCUACUACAAAAUUUUUCGCUUGGUAAUAAUUUCAUAUCUAUGUGAGAUAUUCGAAAGAGAAAUUUGCGUGAUCAAUUCUCACAUACAAGAUUUUAAUAAUGAUAAUAAUAAUAAUAAUAAUAAUAAUAAAUAUAAUUAGUAGUAGUACUGUGGUGUGUGUUACUGAUGUCGACAGUUAUAAGUAGUAUGUAUCAACAAUCGAAAGUGAAAUGUCUGACGGCAGAAGGUUAAGAAGAUCAAAGGAAAGAGAAAGAAAACAGAGUGUGAUUGGUAUGGAGAGGGAAGAACAAUGGAGUCUGAGGUGAUUGAUUGACAUUUUGCAAAAGGAACAGUCAUGUUUGAGACAAUUGUUUAACAUUUUGCAAAUGUAGAUGGUUCUUAGAUUUUACUAAGUGAUUCUGUAAUUUUGCGUUGAAAUAAAUUCGGUUGUCCUCACUUGUGUUCUCGUUCGCUAUAUUCGGUGUCGCUGUCAACCAGAAGGGAGGAAAGGUGAUGUUCUGAGGACGCCGUUGCGGACCUGGAGCUGAGGUGCUAGAAGGUGACGUCAAGUGGAGUGUUCUGGCGGAGUGGCGUUGGCUGUAGCGGGUUUUGUCGACGGAGAGGAGAAGUGGGACGUGCGGCUACUGGGUGGACAUCGGAUGUAGAUGGCUCAGCAGGUCUCUGGAGCGCAGGCGUUUAACAUUUCGGGUGCCGGGUGAACAUUCAGUUGUCCCCACUUAUGUUCUCGUUCACCACAGUACACAAGUACCGAGUUUUAAUAAUUGAAUUCUAGAUAUGUUUUCGUUUAGAUCUCAACGUUGCUACUAUCCUGAAUAUAAGGGAUUUAUAGACAUUGCUGAAUUAUGUGCUUUACAUAACAAACUGGCAUUUGUCAGGUAACCAGUGAAAACCAGGAGGAACUGGACAGUUGUUUCGUUUUAGUAUACAACUCCUCAACCAUAGGCAUCGUUUAUCCAGUCGGCAGUUUAACACAAGGCAUUCAGGUCUCUCAGAGAGCGUUUAAGUCUUAAAUACCAAAUCACAUGAAGGUUCAUGUGAUAUUGUGAGUGCACACUGUUGAGGAGUUCUAUACUUGAACGAAUCAGCUAUUUAGUUUCCUGUAAUUACCUCACUAAUAUCGGUUCCUGAAGAAAAUUAUAAACUAUUACUAACAUCCAGUUGAUGAAAUCGAGGUGUAUUAGGUAGGAUUUGAACUUGAAACGUUAAUGUUCAAAGAUUUGAGUGCCCUAACUACUAAGUAAGAACUUCAAAUCAUUGUUUCAAGCUUCAUUGAGAAAUGUAAAGUGGAUAUUAUUAUCAAUAUAUUAAGAGUGCAGUGUGCGACAGGACGGAAAUCGGAAAUUCAUAAAUAGUAUUGUGGUGUGUGCUACUGUUGUCGAAAGAUGUAAGUUUUAUAUACCAUAAGUUGAAAGUGAAUUGCCUGGCGGUUGAAGAUUAAGAUGAUCGAAGGAAAGAGAACGAAAACAGGGAAUGAUUGGUGCUGAAAUGAAGUAUCAAUGAAGUCUGAGACGAUUGUUUAACAUUUUGUAAAUGAAGUAAUUACUGUUUAGUUGUCAGAUUUUACUAAGUUGUUCUGUAAUUUUGUGUUCAGAUACAUUUGAUUGUCCCCAUUUGUGUUCGCGUUCACUAUAAUAUCCGGUAUAAAUUCUUCAAUGAUGGAAUAUCUUUUUGUAUAAAACAAGAUAAGACAAGAGAAUCAAAGAGAUUUGAUGUUAAUGUAUAGAAAAGAUCACAUUUUGUUUUAUAGAUACAAUAUUGUACAAAGUAGUCUAUUAAUAAGCCAGUUACUUUUAUAUUAAUAGUUGAGAGGAUAAAACAAUUGGAUAUAAGGCGAAAUUAUUUUGUGAAUCGAUAAUAAUGGUUAUUAUUCAGUAGUAUAAACAUUAGAAGUGUCCAUUUGGAUUGAUCAAUAUUUUGAUCAUGAAUAUACACACUAAUUUUGAGGAGAAUAUUGGACAAUACUACUUGAUGCAAACAAUGAACUUUCGAAAUAUGCUCUGUUCACAGAAUGUCUUAAUCAUCUUACUGAUUGUAGAUAGAUUUCAUUCUGUCAUAGAAAUUAAUUGAAUAGGAGCUGCAAACUAUUAUUUUUGCAACCAAUAGUUCACAUUUACUAAAUUACUCUAGAAAGGAAAUUGAUGUGUAAUAGGUAGAAGAGAUUAUCAUUAUUAAUUCAUUUACCAUGUACAGAAUCGUGUAUUUGGCUUCAAACCAUACUUUAAUUAUAAGAACUAGUGAUAUACCAGUACGCGGUUAUCCUAGCCAUAGUGAAGAUGGAGUGGGUUCGAGUUUGCAGAUUAUGUCGAACACCUUAACCAUUAGGCUUACUACUCCUUAACCGCGAUUCACCUCAUAGAGGUAAGAGAUUAUCGAUAAAAUACUUCAAUUCAAUUCACUUUUUGUAUUUUCAAUUUUUAUUACGUUUCUUUUUUGUUUAAAGGUAACACUGCAUUACAUGAUUGUACAGAAAGUGGCAAUUUAAAAUGUUUACAGUUAUUGUUAAAUCAUCGAGCUAUUAUGCGUAAAGAUGAAUAUGGUCAAUUACCAAUUAUGUCUGGUGCAAAUGCAGCUUACAAAAAAAUUGUAGAUUAUUUGGCUACUGUUGAAAUUCCUGAUUCAACACAAACAAUAAGUGUUAGUGAAAAAGCUGCUGCAUAUGAUCUACUUGGUGCUAGUCUAUUCGAUCGACAUUCUUUAAUUCAAGACGCUAUAGCUGCUUGGUAUCAUGCGAUAAAUUUACGCCAAGAGUUGUCUACUUAUAAUAAUAAUAGUAGUAAUAUUAAUAGUGGUAAUAAUAAAUUUAUCCCACAUCCAGUACCACAAUGCUCUUGUAUGAAUGAAUUAAUGUCAUGUGUUGAAGGGCAACCAACAAUGACAACCACCACCACCACCACUACAACAACAACUACUACUUCAGCUACUAAUUCAUCGAAUAAUUGUUGGUCAUUGAUUUCAUUAGCUGCACGUGAAGCAAUUGGAAUGGCUGAAACUAGUCGAUUUGAUGAACAACAUUAUUCGUUAACAUCUAAUUGGCAACGUCAUAAAAGAUCUACAAGAAUUCAUGACAUUUUAUUUAAAAGUUAUAAUUCCACAAAAUUUCAUCAUCAUAAUUCAAUUCAUCAAUCAACUAUACGACAAAAGUCUACAACGAAAUAUUCACAAGAUUUACAUGAAUUAUUUCAAAGAAAAUAUAAAAAAUUACAAACUGAUUUACAAAAUGCUUAUCAAUGUAAAUUUGAACAUUUAGGUCAUUCAUUGUAUCGUUCGAAUUCAUUAAAAGAUUAUACUGUUGAUGUACAAUCACCACCGUUUUGUUCAGUGUUUCUUCAAGGUUCACAUAAUUCACGUUUAGGUUUACGUCGUAAUGGUUCUAGUGAGUAUUUUGAUCAGUCUUCUCCUACCAAUUCAAUAUUAUCACAAGGUGUUUGUAGAUCAUCACCAUCACCAACGAAUUCUUUGAAUUUUGGAACAUCUUCAUCCUCCUCUCUACCACCUUUAUCAACAACAGGACAUCACAGUGGCAGUUGUGCUGGUGGUGUUUUCGUCCAAUCUGUUAUACCCGUCGAUCCUAUUCUAGGCUUUGAACCGAAAUGUUGUCAAAUUGCACGAUAUCGUCGAUGGCUUCUGGAGCCUAUUCAUCAAAAUUACCAAGUCAGAUCUUCGACAACACCUGAUCAUAAUAACACUAGUAACAUAUUGCAUAAUAAUACAGAGGAUUUCACUCCAUCCAAAAUCAUAAAUCAAUGUCCUCAUUGUAAACAAAUACUUGUUUCAAUGAAUAAUUUAAGUGAAGAAAGUCUACUUUCAAAUCAAUCCACCUGUCCCAUUUGUAAGACAUCACUAGUAGUAAAUCAUUCUUUGAAUUCUUCAAAUGAAAAUCAAACAGUCCAUUCAACAAAUCAGUAUUCUAAAGUAUCUUAUCCUUACGAAUCAAAUAAUAAUGAUGAUAAUAAUCAUAAUUAUUAUAAUAAUAAUGAAAACAAUCUUAAAUAUGUUUGUCCAGUAUGUCAUUUUGCCACUGAAAAUCAUCCGUUAAUUCGUCGAUUAAAACAAUGUGGUGAAGAAGCUUUUGGACAUGUUUGUGAAUUUCAAACACGUGAAGAUCUAGCCAGUUUAAUGUCAAAUACACAUGUUCUACGCUUACAAUCAUUGCUUAUACGCUUACGUAUAUUAGGUCCAGAUCAUCCAGAUACCAUUUAUUUUAUCCGGUAAUUAAAGUGUUUUAUUUUACAUAAAUUUGUUGUUUUUACCGCAUACAUUAGUGCCGGAGGGUUGGUGAAAAUCAAGGGGGCUGAUGUUUUGUCUUAGUUUUUUCGAGAUUCUCUAAUUGAUAAGUGUGAAACAUGAUCUUUGGAAGUAGAGGAUAUUUGUUAGUCACUAGUAUUCCACCAUCUUUGAAGCAUUGUUCGUUAACUUUGGGACCGCAGUGUAAAGAAUGCCUGGGUUAGGAAUGGCUCUCUAGGUAGAGAUGGUAAGUUGAUUGAUGAGAUAGUAAUUCUUCACUAAACGAAGUGGUUUGGACAUGUGAUCUGUAUACUCCGCCACCACCCACUUCUAUGUGUUGUCUGGUAUGAGAGUACUUUGGAAGAAGGUUAGGGGCGGCCAAGUCAAAACAUGGCAGCCGUCCACGAAGUCAUUGACAACUGAACUGAGCCAUGUUAAUAGGUGCAGACUACUGGGCUAAGGUCCUCGUGAUUAUCGAACCAGGAAGAUUGAUAUUUUGGCUGAAUACCAAGUACUUUAAACCACUAAUCAACCAUGUCAAUGGGUUGAACUUUCAAAUCCUUUACCAUCCCUUGCCAUUGAAUCUCAUAUCUAAUUACUACAUUGUAAAGUAAGCAUAAAUAAGUGUUAUUAUUUUUAAUGGAACAGUGUUUUUUUCAUGAUUCAUUUAUAUUUUAAUACAUUAUAAUAAGUUAUAGGGUACUGUGAAGAUAAAGUCUCACAUCACCAACUGUCAUUAUUUAUUUAUUUGAACACACUGGUGCAAUGGGGCACCAAAUACAUAUUCACCACAUAUCAACAGCCGUUAUUGAUCAAGUCACGAGACAUGAAAGUUCUGAAUUGUGGAUGAGGAUUGUUGUGGGGUUUCAUAAUAAGUCGAAACAUCUAUCCAGUACUUUCUAGCAUUCCAUAGUUGUCAAAAUAAAUCAAGUCGUCGAUUUGACAUUAAAAACAAUAAGUAGUUUUCUUAAAGAUUAUUUCACAUUUCUACACGCGCCUACAACUGAAUAGAAACAAACAUGUCUACCAUAAUAAUAAUUUGCACCACGACUCAUCUGACAUGACCAAGAUACUGGAGCACGAGGGGUGUUAUUUACGAAGUUGAGAGGACGAAAAACGAAUGUCCGGUGAUUUAACAGGUUUGGUGGAUAUAGAGGAUCCACCUAAGUGAGUUGGAAAACCCUGAUUCCAAACCAUUGAUGUAUAUAGGCUCCAGGAUCCUUAGGGAACGAAUGAUAUAUGAACCAAUCGUUGGUUACCGGUUACCAUGGGACUGGAUCUUCAAAUGUUGCUCCAGUGCCUUGUGGAUUAGACCUUUGGGUCAAUGGCUCCGGAUGUGGCGCCCUAAGAAAACCACCUGCUUUGAUUUGGGCACCCGGUCAGAAUUCCAGCCCUCACACAAAUCGAAUGAUUUAUGUGGUACAUGUCUAUUUGGUGCCUCCUUGUACCAAUGUUUACGCAUGUAAAUAAAUAAAUAAUGAUACUGUUGGUUUUCUUAACCAUUAUUCUUUUGUAUUUUUCCCAUUUUUCUUUUGUAGUUAUCGUGGAGCAAUUUAUGCAGAUGCAGAUAAUUUUCAUCAAUGUUUAAGUUUAUGGCGUUAUGCAUUAGAAUUACAACGUACAUUUGUUGAACCAUUAUGUCAUGUAUCACAAGCUGCAUUUGUUAGUUUUGCUGAAUUAUUUCAUUUUGUAUUAACAAACAAUUGUAUUGGUUUACCAGCAAAAGAUUUAGAUCCAACAUUAAUUGUAGAUUGUUUAGAAUUAGCUGUUGAUAAUAUUGAACGUGGAAUGGAUUAUUCAUUUUAUCAUUGGCAUCAUCGACAUCCAUGGUCAUAUACAGCAGCGGAUAAAGAAGCGAUUAAUUUAAUGCGUCAUGUAUCAUUAUGUUUACAUUUUAUAGCAAUGAUUCUUAUUCAUUAUAUGCCAAAUUGUAAAGCUUUACCAACCAUACGUUCUAUUCGACGUCAAUUAUCUAAUUUAAAACAAGUAGUUGAAGAAAAUUUUAAUGAAUUAUUACAAAAUUCUACAUUGAAUUUAUCAAAUAUUAUGCUUAAUCAACAAGAGCUAAUUAGUAAUAAUAAUAAUAGUAGUACUGAAAAUGAAUCACAAAUAGAUAGUUUAUCUAAUGAUAUGAAAAAACGUAUGCCAAUUGAAUUGAAACAACGAUUUUUCCGUCAAUUGGAUUGUAGUGGUUAACAGUUUCAGUGUUUAGAGCGAAAGAAACAGGGUUCGAGUAUCGAUGUGAACAUCAAUACUGGGAUGUGGUAAAUACAUCCAUCUGACGAGUCUCGAACUGAAAAAUAACUCACGCUUCUUAGAUUCCACUGUUAACCACUCUAUAAAAUUUACUUACAAACACUUAUGAUUAAUAUCGAAAUCGAGACUGAUCAAUUGUAGUCCUUAACACAAACAACGGAGAGGUUCGUAAACUUACAUUUGAAAUAUUUCUUAUCACCUUAUCUCGUCUGUUCUUUUCUAUCUUUUAUCCUUAAUGCUUAAUUUAAUUAUCAGUCUCAAUGACACAGAUGCAAUCGCUCUUCUUUCACUUCGUGCAUUCUUAGUUUCAAAGUUAUUUUAUAUUUUGAAUCCAUCCUUCUCGAUUCAUCUCCUUUUUUAUUUCUACUUCUACAACGUUGGUACUCAUUUUGAUAAUGUCUUAUCUCUGUGCUGAUGUAUCGUUUCACUGUGGGUUUAUCGCUAGGUUUUAUAUUGACCGAUUGACUGACUUUCUACUUUCAAAUGAUGUUUUUGUCUGUCACGUCAGUCUAUAAUAUCUUUUCCGUUGAUUAGAUUAAUGAUUUCCACGGUUAAUGAACCUAAUGGUAGUCAUAAUAUGCCCAUUGUCUACAUAGUAUUCUAGGAUUAAAAAUAUACGGACCAUAAAGGAUGUCAUUAAUUUAUCACUUCAUUGACUACUGAACUAAGCCGUAAUUAGGAAAUGAAAUUUUUCUGAUUAUGGUCAAUCAGGCAAACGCUACGUAGAACCUGGGACAUGUUAACAUCGCCUCAAGAUGCCAUAACUCAUUAGCAUAAGAGAGAUCAAAUUGUCAGCGCAAAUCCUUGAGUAGUAGAAGUAGUAAAAAGAUUAGCGGUAACAGAAACGAUUGUGCAUCGGAGAUACAAGUGGGAGAAGGAAAUAUAAAUUAGAAAUAGAACCGAAAAAAACUUGUAGGUAAUUGAGAAUCUAAGAAUCUGAAGGAAGACAAAAAGUGAAAGAACCUAUGCCAUUGUAAACGAUUCUGAUUCACGUCAUUCCAAGUCUUUGGCCAUUGGUUACGAUGAUCAUGUGGACUGUAACCAGGUAGUCUUCACUUACUUACAUGACUUAACAUUCAGUGUCUUCAUGUCUUUGUUUGUUCACGCAUAGCUUUCUUCUAACCUACAUUUACACCAAUCAUCAGGCUUGUAGGUAGAUGGUGAGUGGGCAUAUGUCAUAUUUAUUCCAACUAUCUCGGUCAAUAAAGACCUGCCUCCUCGUCAUGUAGUUUGCCACCCUUAGUACUCUACGUCUAACCUCAGAUUCUCUAACUCAGUGGUACUAACAUGUACUAGCACUUCUUGGAAGAUUGAUAUUAUGGAAUACUAGUAACCUACGAAUAUUCUCAUAUCCAUAAAAUAGAAUGGAGCUCACUAGUGUACAGGACACUCUCGUCUUUUGGUUGGGAAACAAGUAUCUUGCCUACUCAACAAGUAAUGUAAGUUGGCAGAUGCCAACCGAACUUUUAAUUAUAGUGGAAUAUAAGUUUUCACAAUCUAUCGAUAGAUAGAAGACCUCAACUGACGUAGUUCAAAAUCGGUUACAUAUGUAUGGUCUUCUAAACUCUAGGUUAUUCAAAUCAUAAUAUAUUAAAUAUGAGGUAUCGGACUAUUAGACCUGAUGAUGUAAAGUGCAGACAAUAUUAUAGAAAAUUUAUUUUUCUGAUUGUUUUGUUGACACUCGAUAUAUAAUACGAAACUACAAUGAAUAAUCGACUGGGUACAUUAAGUAAUACCUCUUGGUAAUUAAAUCACUAGAUAUUAGUUCACCUGAUAGACAGACAAAAUUUCGACUAAUUAUUAAGAACUAGAUAAUAUGAAUAGACAUUGACGUUUAUGAGCGUAAAUGCAAAGUAUAGUAUAAUGAAAUCACUAGUUGAAAGGAAUUUACAAUACUAUGUAAUUUAUUUACUUGAACACAUAAAUAUUGGUACAAGAGGGCACCAAAUAUAUAUGCACCACACAAAACAAUUAGAAUUUAAAGAGAAAAAACACAAUAACGAACAGAUUAGUGUAAUGUAGUGUAAUAAUUAAUAAUAGUAAUAAUGGGGGAAACGGGAAGGUACAACCAGAAGAAAUCUUUCAGUUAAGGAAGAUACAACCACUUUUUUUUAUGAAGAAAGUAAAAGAAGUUUACAUCAGGAUCGCCACUGGCUUCUAUUCUGAGCCAUAUCUGAUAAUGUCUCUAGCCACUGCGUAGCACCAUCUCUCGGACCCCAGCCAGGGAGUCGUGAAGGAUCAACAGAAGCCAGCCCUUUUCAGCUCUCUUUCAUACCACGACACCAUGUCAUACACUGACUACUUCUUUCAACCAGUCCCAGAGUCGGCAAAUAAUGCACGACGUGGAAUUCUGUGGACGACAUUCGUAGAACAUGUCCAAGCCACCGAAGUCGAUGUUUCAAGAUGGUGACAUCGAUUGCAUUAUCGUCUCUGCGCCUGAACACACGAUACCGAACCUCUGCAUUACUAACAUGGUGUUGCCACUGGAUGUCAACAAUCCUUCGGAGACAGCGACGAUCGAACACAGAGAGUCGUCUAACAUCCUCAACUCGGAGAGGCCAGGUUUCACAAGCGUAGAGUAGAACUGCUUUCACCGACGCGUUGUAGACCCGACCUUUUACAGCCAGACUGACAUCACGAAGGCGUCAAAGAUGACCCAGAUUGGCAUAAGCCGCUCUGGCUUUCACUAUACAUGCAUUGAUCUCAUCACUCACACCCCCACCAGCACUUAUGCAGCUACCCAGAUACACGAACUUCUCGACUACUUUUAUCUGCUCACCAUCGAGGGUGAGUACAGGAUUAGAAUGCUGCCAGUCUUGUAGAAGUACUUUGCACUUGGAAGGUGCAAAACACUUACCAUACUUACGAACACUAAUUAAGUGCGGAUUGCAUGCCUUGGGCAUUAUCGUACAGUAAAACAAUAUCAUCCGCAUACUCAAGGUCGAGAAGUCUUUCUCCAGACAACAGAUCCACACCGCCAUUAAUUACAUCCAUCAGAGCUGUUUCUAGAAUGUCAUCGAUGGCAAAGUUGAAGAGGAAUGGUGUGAUUGGGCAACCCCAGCAAGACCAGACGGAAGAUGACACAGGGUCGUCGGAUAAACGCACGUAAAACAAGCUUUUUGAAGCGACACUUGGACAGCGAAUUUGUAGUACUUCACCAGAGUAUUGAAUACGGGUCUCGGAUAGACAUUGCAAAGACAUAGCCAGUCCUAUCUGUUGUCCGACCUGCAUAAGUGUGCGAACGUUGAAGGCAGCCAGUUUGAAUGGUGCACGUGGUUCCAGAAAAACUGCUUCAGUAUUCGUAUUUGGUGGUAGCAUACAAUUUUCAACCAGUCUGUGACUCGAGGACGAUUAGAUAGAACCGAGUUUUCACCAUGGGCGAGCUGUUGUAUAAGUCGAAAAGUAAGGAUAGACAGAGUGGGAAUAAAAGAGAGUGAAUAUAUGACGUAAAAAAAUAAUAGUAACAAUAAUAGUAAUAAUAAUAAUAAUAAUGUGAAUCGUUUGAUUGUUAAUCGAAGUAAGAAAAGUAUUUUCCAUAAAUAUCGACAUUUCAUCAUAUUUGUAUGUGGGCUGUUAUACUGCCCGGGUGCCCUGACCGAAGCAGGUGGUUUUCCUAGGGGGCCACACCCCUUGCCUUUGACCUAAAGGUCUGAUCCACAAGGCAGUUGAGCAUCGUGAAGAGAUGCUGUCUCAUGGUAGCCGGUGAACGACGAUUGGUUCAUACGCAAUUCGUUCCCACAGGAUACUGGAGCCCAUGUGCACCAUUGGUUUGGGAUCCGGUUAAAGCCCCUGGCGGACAUUCGCUUUUCGUCCUGUCAUUUUCGUAAACAAUACCCGUGGUGCGAGAAGGCAGUGAGUAGGACUUCCCUGGGAUAGGCUGUAUACGCGUGUCCGUGUGAGAGCAUUUCGAGAGGGAGGGCGGGCCCACCCCACUCUUGGUAUACCAGGGCAUUUGGGGGCUGUCUAUUGUUGUUCAUUAACCGAUCACAGAUCACCGUUUUGAAUAAUUUUCAUUAGUUUAAUGUAACUCAUUUGCAAGGAGUUAUUGAUUACUAAUUAGAUGCCAAGAUGAAGCUGAUCUCGAACCUGGGACUUAACGAUUGAUGACUGAAUUCUUUAAUGUCUAAUCCACUAAUUAAUUGUUUUUAUAAAUAAUGUGUAAGCGAUAGGUUUGUAUUGUUUCAUUUUGAAUAGAUUCAAUGUUCAGUAUAUAAUUACAAUAAAUAAAUAAUUAUAAUCAGAGAAGGGUAUUUUGUGUGGAUAUUAGUAAUUUAAUGGUUGUUUUUAUGAGUCAGUUGAAGCUAGAGCACUAUGGAAAACCUGUUCUAGUGGUUAAGCGCUCGUGUGCGAGACUGAUAGGUCCUGGAUUCCCAUCUUGCGAGUUGGGGUCGUGGAUGCGCACUGCUGAGGAGCCCCAUGCUAGGACGAAACGGCCGUCCAGUGCUUCCAGGUUUUCCAUGGUGGUCUGUCUUCAAUUGAUUCAUGAUCUCAACUAUUAAGUAAAUAAUUAUUUCACCUUGAACAAGGUAAGGUAUGUGCAGUUAAUCGAUUUUGUUCGUCAAAUAAAGAAUUAUUCAUACAAUUUAUUGACUAACAUUUUCUUUAUUAUUUUUUAUCUAGGUUUAUAGAUUAGUCAAGUUAGAUCCUAGAGUACAUCGUGGUCAAAGUUUAAUACAUUUAGCUUGUUCACCAGAAACUUCAACUGUUGGUCGUUUUGUAAUUUGUACUUUUCCAAAUGUCAAUGUUUUAUCUUUGCUAUUUGAAUUAGGCGCUGAUGCUAAUUGUGCUGAUGUUGAUGGACAACGUCCGAUUGGUCAUGUUUUAGCACAACGUCGAUUAAAAAGUUCUGAACAUGUAUGUAUAUGAAUAUAUAUACUUAUAUAUGUGUGUGUUUGUGAGCAUUUUAUUCCACAUUGAAUUAUAUGUAAUUUUUCUGCUUUGUUUUCUACUUUCCAGGUAGGUAGUCGAAUCCAGGAAGUGUAUUUUCAUCCAUAUUUUGUAAAUAUGCUAUUUCAAUAUUCCAUCGAAUUACCUGUGCACAUAAUAGCCCAUAUAAUACGGAUUCAUUUCAUUAAAUGAAAAGGAAACUUUGAGUUCUUGUUCAAUCAUGAUUCAAAAACAUUUAAUUACAGAAGUCUAGCGUUUUUUCCUUUGAUAAAUUUAGCUAGAGUAAAAAUUUUAGCAGCUGAAUUUAUGAGUCGACCUAGGCUAGACGACGAGUGAAAACUCGGAAGUACUGGAAAGCCAUUUCGUCCUAGUCUGGGACUCUGCAGUGGUGUACACUCACGAUCUCUCACGUGGGACUCAAACCCCAGGGCCUUUGGUCUAACACACGAACGUUUAAUCUCUAGACCACCGAGUUGGCAUCCAGCGCUGUUAAUAUCUAAUUUCAAUUGAUUUAUGUUCUUGCGCAACCUUUCAUCCAUUGUCAAAAGUGAAUAACUGUCUCCAUUAAUCACGACUUCUCACUAGAACUCCGGGAGUUCCAUCUUGAAGCUAGUCAAUAAUCAGCACAUGAUUAUUAUCAGAAUAAGGAUUUAUGGAGAUUGUAGUAAUUUUAACAAGUGAAUUCAUGAGCCGAUCUGCAGUCUUCACAAAUCUCCAUUCUGAUAAAGCGAAAAUAACAAAUGUAGCAGAAUAAGAAGAAUUCAUUUCAAUGUCAUGGAUUCGCAUCAACUGUUACUUAUAACCUAGAGACAAUAACCUGCUUCGGUCUGGGCACCCGGGCAGUAACACAGUCCACACACAAAUCAAGUGAUUUGUGUGGCAUCCGUGUUGUGAUAUCUGUAUCUGCCGCAGAUCGUAAUCCACACACAAAAGUAAAACAUCUAAACUGGUCUGGCGAUAUUUCCUGUAUUCGGUUUGCGAUGUUGAAGUACGUCACUUAGUCAUCCUAUGGUCUUUUCACAAACUGAAGACACUAGUAUCUAAUGUGAACAUUGAUGACCGUUCCAUCAAAUAUAUGUGUCAGGCACUCAACUGUUCCCAAGAAGGUUAGGUCGGCUGGAUUCUUUGGGAGAAUAAAACUACAAAACUUUUCAUGUUCCAAAACUCCGAGUUUUCAUAAUAAUAAUCUCAGUAUUUGAAGUCAUAGUAGAGAAAGAUACCUGCGUUUUCCAAGAUAUCGACAUAUUCUUGACCAACAAUUCGAUAAGAGCAUUUUGCUGUUUCAAUAAUGAUUUCAGAUUAUUCAUUUUAGUGAUAUAAAAUCCACUUUCACUGAGUAUAUGCGUGUACGUCCGUUUCAACUACCGUCGCCACUGAAAUGACUCUUAAUUUUCUCCUUUACACCAAUGGGACAAUGAGUUGCCUUAGACGAAUAUCUACACUAGAUGAUACCCUGCAGGUGUCUAUUAUAGUAGACAUCAGCACAACUAAGCUCAAGAACACGUGACUGGUCUGACUAGAACGUGAAUGUAUUUCAAUGUCAACAACCGACAACAAUAAUGAUAAAAAGGAGUCGGAAAUUAAAUAACACGCCUAAUACCUAUCAGAUUAUCUAGUAGUCUGACUACGUAAGCAACCAAUCGUUAUUUUGUUCACCUACAUAUCAUCUUGUUAACUUAUUUCCUUAGAGACAUCUUAUUAACUAAUGUUUCUCGUAAGUGGACUAUGUGACAUAUGGACGAUUUUUAGAGGAUUGUUGUUUCGCGUGAGAUUGAAUUUUGUGUCAUAGUCAAUUGUCUCUAGAUUGUGGAUAUACUCAGCUAAUGAGUCCCAACGACUAACAUGAAAAAGGUCUCAGAUCUUCUUUGGAUCAAUUAACUUAUUGAUCACUUGAUCGACUGAAUCCUUUCAAUCCCUGUAAAUCUAAUAACAUUCAACAUUGAAGUACUAUUCAAUAAUUGAAUCUCGCUUUAAAUGUAUUUAUUUAUUUUCAUUCAUAUGUUAUCCAUUUUUUGAUAGGCCUCUCUUGUUCAUACUCUGGUUAAAUGUGGUGCUCAUUUAGAUGCAACCAAUCGGAAUUCUUUAACUAUUCUCUAUAAACGUUUUCAUCAUGUACUCCUGGAAUCUCGUGUACAAAUCUUGGAUCAUGUGACUUUAGCUUGUCAUGCUGCUCGUGUAGCAAAUCAUUAUGGAUUGACUGCAUCGAAUCCAUCAGUUCAAGCUUAUUUACCGAAUAAUUUAUUAUUUUUCUUACAAAUGCAUCAGUAAACAACUAAAUAAUAACAGGGGUUAAACGGCUUGAUGUAUUUUUUUUCUACUUUAACUUAAAAUCAAAAACUUUGUUUACUCUAAUUGUUUGGUUGUUUCCCACCCCUCCCAGUUUUUUCAAAGUUUGGUUCAAUCAUUAAUAAUAUUAAAAGGAAGAAGAAAAACAAUACAAAACAGCACAAUAUCCCUGUACACAACUAUUUUUUCUUCUUUAAAUUCUUAUAGUUUUAAUCUCUUUAUAUGAGUUGUUUCUUCCACACACCCCCCAUCUCUCUCCGUUACCCCCCCCACCCACCCAGAAACACAUAUACCCACUGCGCCAACAUAUUACUAUCAUAUAUGAAUGUAUUUUGUUAAAAAAAACAAAUUGUAUAAUCACUUAUUUUAAGUGUUUAAUUUGAUCAGAAAGAUGUUACAUUGAUUAAUUUAAAUAAAAUACUUUACUCUUUUCUAUUUUCAUUGUGUGAUAUUUAUUGUUGAAGUCUAUUCGUGUUUACUAAUGACUCGUCUUAUUAUGAUGAUGAUUAGAAUUCCUUUCGAUUGAUUUUUCCUAUCGUUAUACAUAGACAUUUGUUUCUGUACAGAACUUUUUUUUUAUAUAGAUGAAUGAAUCAAAUGCCUUUGAUACUGAUAACAAUAAGGCAGUGAAAUUGUUUGUUCAGAAAAAGUCAUCCAGACGGUGAGUCGGGGAGAGGAAAUGCUAUGUUUGAAGCGAUUAUGAGUUCACCUAGUCUGCGAACGGAAUAAAGACUCUGUGACCAAAGACCAAUAAGCUAGCUAUUCUGAUGCGUUCCAGCCCCGUUAACUAGACAGAAAAGUCGAAGUUCGAACGGGGAAAUAUAUUACACAAGCAACCGGAAGCACGAGCGAUCCCGACCUGUCUAGUCGGAAAUACACUCAUUUAUAUAUUGAUUUGUACACCCAUUUUUGAUUAAUAAUCUGAAUGAAUCACAUAUAUGAAAAAUGCUUCAUACAACAAUAUCGUAUGUUAUGCAGAAUAAAAUGUCAUAGGUGAAAACGAAGCCGAAUACUAUACAGAGUGAUCAUCAAAUUGAAUUAAACGGAAUUAAUGUUGAAUAAAUCAAUCAAAUUUUGACCUUUCAUCCCGUCAUAACAAGAAAACACAAGAGAUCGUAUACAUUGAAUAUUUUGACCAACACAGAACGUCGACUAAUGUCCUGUAAUCCAAUUAUUCUUUGAAUCUUCACAUACACGUCUUUUUACAUUUAGCCAUAUGAACGUCCCUCAAGAAUUCCUAAGUUUCUAAAGUAUUUUUUUCUCAAGUUUCAAAGAUUUUAGUCUGUGUAUUCGUUAAGCGGGUCAUUUUCUCGAUUGUAGUCCAAGAUGUCUUAGGUCCCAACUAGGCUUUGCUUGCUUGAGUUUGGUCACUUAUAUGGUAUAACUAUCUGUAAAGAGUAUGGUUAAAGAUAUAUGGUCAGUUAUUGAGUUGGGUUAGAGAAGGUGAUAUCAAAGUUUAAACGUAAUUUCGGAAUAAUGUGGAGUUUUAACUCGAUGGUUUGAACAUUCAAUUGUCAAUCAUUAUUUCAGAUGAAGUCCAUAUUAUUAUGGCUAGAAGGUAUUUGUCAGGAGUUUAUCUCUUCCGGUAUACACGAUGUCUGUUUAGUGCUAGAAGUGAACUCCUCGGCAGUAAGUACUCUCAACUCCGCCAGGAACCGAAUUCAUAACCAUCAGAUUUGGUGGAGAAUGCCUGAACAUUAAAAGCAAUCGGUUAUUAUCCAAUUGUACACUACAUCAACUAGAAUCAAUUCGCGAUAUGACGCGGCGAUCUUUCAAUGUCGUAGCUGAAAAGCAUUUCAUUGAUCUAAAUCAGACUACCAUUGGAAACCUGAAAUCACUGGACAGCCUUUCCAUCCUAUUAUGAGACUCCUUAGGAGUGGGCAUCUGCAACCCCUCAUGUGGAAAUGAAGCCCAGGGACUUUGAUCUCGCGUAUGAUUGUUUGACCUCCAGACCGCUGAGCUGACAUCCAACGGUGUUAAUGUUCAACCUCGAUUACUCCAAGACAUUGGGAAACUGUCUUUACACGUGCAAGGUCGUGGAAUCGCACUGCUUAGGAGUUCCAUACAAGUAUAAGACAGCUGUUCAAGUCUUCACUAGUGGUUCAACUUGGAUCGGUUCAUGAUUUCAAUGAAACUCAACAAUCUUCACAAGCCCAUACUGAUUAUUAUUUAAUUAUUGUUAAGACAUUGAUGUUUUUCAUUUCUUUUUUAUAUCCGUUGAGUGGACAGUUAUCUUUCGUCUUCUUAUUCUUCUCGAACCUCUCAAUUAUUACUCAACUUUCUUAUGAUAUAUGAAAUGUCGGACCCCUUAAUGAUGUAAUCUCUUUGUAUGAAUGUACAGCUUAAGUAAAUGAUUUCAUUGAAAAGUGAAUACUCUUUAUUUUUAUUCACUGACACAAUGGAUUACAUUAAUUAGAUUUGUAAGACAUGUAAGAACACAAUACAUAAUUUGAUUCAUAUUAAUUAGUUUAUAUCUGUUACAACUUGUGAACCUUUGUGCCCCGUUAAUAUAUAUGAUCGCCUGUUUGACUUACCGACUUAUUGGUCCUUGAGAUAGAAGCUUUUCGUCUAACCCAGCAAAUUCAGUUUAGAAUACCAAUAUCAAUGUUCGUUAUAUGAAUCAUGUAUUUCCGAUAUACUUAGUUUACAUAUACAAGUCGACCAUACCAUAACGUAGAAAAUAACAAUUAUACAAGAUCAAGUCAAAAAGUGGCUGUGUUUGUGAGAAACUGACUGAUGGAUUGAGAAUAGUAAAUCGUGUUUAGUUUCAUAACAGUUAUACAAUAAGAAGUUACCCAUAAUUUAAUCUACGCUAGGAUAUAACAAUAUCAUAAAUACUUACUAAUUUACUCCUGUUAACCCUUCUCGAGGAGCAUAGGCCAACCACCAGUAUUUGUCAUCGAACUCUAUCCUGGACAAACUUUUCCAUUUUCUAUUCAUACUUUUCAUGUCUACUUCCAAUUCUCGAAGUAGUGUGUUCUUUGGUCUUUUGCAUUUCAAUUUCCUUUCAGGAUUUCAAGUUAGCACUUGUUUCUAUCAUAAAUGAAUAACGAAUUUAUAAAAUUCCAUGAAAUACUAUGAAACUAAAUUCACUUGGUAUUGUUUUACUUGAAUCUUCGUAUUGAUAUUUAGGACUACAAUCGAUCAGUCUCUUAUUGGCAUAUAUACAUACUGUGUGUAUUGCCUCAUUAUUGUCUUAAUUCACAAGCACUAUAAACAAAGAUGCAUAGUGGUUAGCAAUGGAAUCAAGGAUGUAUGUUCCAUUUUAUUUGGAACUCGUCACUACUGAGUCCGAAGUGGAUAACGCGUUGGCAUUGGAAUCGAAUAGUACUGAGUUCAAGUCGUGGAGUGAACAUCAACUCGGAGAUGCAGGUACAUCCGUCUGAAGAGUCCCAAAUAAGAUGAAACACGCGUCCUGGAUCCCACUGUUAGCCACUAUCCGUCUUUGCUUACGGUAUUGCACUGUUUGGCAGCAGUCAACAUCAACCCCACUAAGAACGCAGCCCAUAAAACAUCAGGUCUUCUGAAUAACUUUCUAAUCAUUAGAACCAAUGGGUUGGUAUUCCAUGGUACUCUACAUUAUCAACAAUAAUCAAUAUAAUGAUAACACGUAAAGAUUAUUCAGCAACCUAUGUUGAGAACUAUUUGCGAUAGCAUUGGGAUCGAAUAGUACUGAGUUCAAGUCGUGAAGUGAACAUCAACUCUGAGAUGAAAGAACAUCCAGCUGUGACAAGUUCCAAAUAGGACGAAACGCGCAUCAAACUAAGUCCUACUACUAUCCACCUUUGCUUACUAUAAAACUAUUUCUUUUCAUAAUUAUAUGUAUAAAAUAACAUAUACUGUUUUUAAUUACGAAAUGCAUGUUUGUUUUUUUGUUUUGUUUAUAAUUUAGACAGACUACUUAAAUUACUUAUUAAAUAUUGUAAUUUACUUUUUUUUCUUCUUAAAGACACAAAGUAAAAGCCGAAAUUUAUUUAAACAUUAUACAUAAGAUUUAUUAUUGUUUAUAUUUCAUGUCAGUUAAAUGAUCAAAUCAAGUGGAUCAGUUUAAAUUGUAUAUUGUGUUCAAUAUAGAUUGAUGUUAGUUAAACUGUGAUGCGUGCUACUUAUAUUGAAAUAAGUAGUAUAUAACACGAGUCAGGAAUGUAAUGUCUGGCAGCAGAAGAUUGGGAAGAUCAAGAAAGGAAGAACGGAAAUAGAAAGCAAUUAGUAUGGAAAUGCAAGAACAACGAAGUUCGAGACAAUUAUUGAACAUUUUGCAAAUUAUGUAUUAUAGUAUAGUUUUUCUAUUUUACCAAGUAACUCUGUAAUGGUGCGAUGAAUAUAAUUCGGUUGUCCUCAUCUGUGUUCUCUUUCACUAAGAAACUAAAAUGAAUUAGUGGAGGUUUGAUAUAUCAGUAGUGAAUAAGGACACAAGCAGGGAGAUAAUUGAAUGUAUUUGAAUACCCAAAUUACAAAAUCAUUUAGUAAAAUCUGAGAACUAUACAGUGAAUAUUUCAUUAGCAAAAUGUUAAUCAAUCGUCUCAGACUUGAUUGUUCCUUCGUUUCCACACUAAUCAUUCUCUUUUCUUUGAUUUUCUUAACAUUCUGUCACCACUCACUUCACUUUCUAUUGAUGAUAUAUACUACCUAUAUCUAUCGACAUCAGUAGCAUACAUCACAAUGUCAGGAGUAAAAUAGUUCUCAACAUGGUUGUUGAUAAUGUAGAGUACCAUGGAAUACCAACCCAUUGGUUCUAAUGAUUAGAAAGUUAUUCAGAAGACCUGAUGGUUAUGGGCUGGGUUCUUAGUGGGGUUGAUGUUGACUGCUACCAAACAGCGCAAUUCCAUAAGCAAAGACGGAUAGUGGCUAACAGUGGGAUCCAGGACGCGUGUUUCGUCCUAUUUGGGACUCUUCAGCUGGAUGUACUUGCAUCUCAGAGUUGGUGUUCACUUCGAGACUCGAACCCAGUGCCAUUCGAUCCCAAUGCCAUCGCGUUUUCCACUUAGGACUCAUUAGUGAAUAUCAACACUGGAAUGCAGGUACAUUUAGCUGGAGUCCCAAAUGGGACGAAACGCGCAUCCUUGAUUUCACUGCCAUACACCAUCCAUCUUUGCUUAUAAUGUUUAUAACCUAAGGCAAUACACACAGUAUGCAUAUAUAUGCCAAUAAGAGACUGAUCAAUUGCCGUCGUAAAUAUCAACAGGAAGAUUCGAGUAAACAAUACCAAGUGAGUGCAAUACUAUGCUCCUUGGCUUUCAAUAAUACGCUAAAUCAGAUUAAUCUAUGACGAACAUAACCUACAUAACAAAUAAUUGUUUGACUAGUUUUAGACGGUAUUCAGCAAUAUUACCUAAAUUAAUGUCAAUCAGUUUAUCAUUCAAAAAACAUACAAAUUAAACUGAUCUCCGCAACUACAUGUCUAAUAAUAUGCCAUAACAAGAAGAAUUCAUCUGCGUCAAGAUUGUGAUAGUUAUUACCAACAUUGUUGGAUAAUCGUAGAAAGUUAAUUCAAGUUAAAAGUAUGGAAUAGUUUAGCCAUAAAAUUACAUUUCAUGACAAAUCACAUUCGUUCAAAUCCUGAUAAGCACUUUGAAGUGAAUUUUCACAUACCAAGACAAAAUUACUAUUAAAUUACACUUUGAUUAUCAAUGCUAUCUCAACUAAUAUCGAUUUAUGACAAAUAUAAUCUACAAAUUAUUAUUCGUAAAAUCUUAGUCAAACAAUUAGUUUCAGAAGGGGUUUUGUGGAGGUUUUAGAAAUUUCACUAGUUGAAAUCAUGAGUCAAUUGAACCUAGACCAUCAUGGGAAACCUGGAAGCACUGAACGGCUGUUUCGUUCUAAUAUGGGACUCCUAAGCAGUGCGCAUCCACGAUCCUGCCCCCCGCGAGAUUCGAACCCAGGACCUAUCAGUCUCGAGCGCGGGUGCUUAACCAUUGUUCAUCUUCAUUACUAACCACUAUCAUCAUGUGUUAUGUUAAAAUCUUGGAAAAUAGGUUUGUUUUAAUUUCAAACUCUUUAACCAAUAUACAUUCAUCUUUAUUACUGAAGUCAAUUAAAUCUUGGUUAUCAUUUAAACAAUGUGUAUUCUUGGUGAUUAUUUAAUCAAUUCAAUCUUAAUUCAUUCUAUGACCUAAUGUUUACAAAUACUAGAACAAUAUACUAUUAUCGAUUAUUUGAAAGACACUAUUUGCUUGAUAUUUUGUAGUUAUUGUUAAAGUAAGCUUAUACUGUUUAGUUUCAGAAUGCGAGUUUAUGGAGAUUGUAGUAAUUUAAUAGUUAAAUUCAUGAGCAGAUUAGAGUUAGACCAUUAUGGAAAACCUGAAAGCAUUGGACGACCGUUUCGUUUUAGUAUGGGACUCCUCCUCAACAGUGCGCAUCUAUGUACCUACUCGCGGGAUUCUAAUCUAGAACCUUCAGUCUCGCACACGAACACUUAACCUCUAGACCACUGAGCUUUAAGAGGUACUUACUGGAGUUCUAGUGAGAGUUUGCAUAAGACGUCGAACGUCGUAUGUUCGAGUCCCUCAUGCGGGACGGACGAAAUGGCCGUCCAGUGCUUCCAGGUUUUCCAUGGUUGUCUAGCUGUAAUCGGCUCAUGAAUUCAAUUAAUAAUGAAUAAACAAUUAAAUUAUUAUUUACUUAAUUAUACCAAUGUAAAAACACGCUAUUUCAUGAUCACUAGUCAGGUGAUUGUUUCUUUUUGAAUCAUGCGACAAACUAGUGAGUAAUUCGUUUUUGUAAAUAUUUUUCAGAUCAGUUAUUUUCAAUGAAACGACUUAUGUUUGUUUAUACAAAAUAUGAGAUAAACAAUUCUGUAUGAUGUAAAUUACACCAUACUGGUCACUGUUAUAACUUGUGGGUUUGUACCCUUAUCAAUGUAAUAACGUAAUGAUACCGCCAAUUAGAGAAUAGUGGCUUAUCGACCGAGCUAAUGACGCAUAAAACCCAUACGAGCAGUCUAGAAUUUUUAUCGGUUUUGCUUCCCGCUUAGCCCUGUCUGUUGAGUCCAGAACACAAAUAUCAGCCUCUACGAUAUGGAUUACUUAUUUCAAACAUACUGUGUUUAUAUACAGGCAAAUCAGAUCAUAUCAUACCAUAAAAUAGCAAACAACAUUUGUACAAGAUUUAGUCAAAAGUGGCUGUGAAUGUGGGAGACUGGGCGUUACGUAUAGUAUUAGUCCAGAAAUAGAUUCCAAUAGUUACCAUUCAUUAUUCUCAUCGGGAUAUAACAGUCACCAACUGUUAAGAAGAUCGUAGUGUAACGAACGAAGACUUAAUUGGAUCAUAAUCAUCCAUGCUGAUGGAAAUUACCCAUUACAUUUGUUAAAUAUGAAAACAAUAUAUUAAAUGCACCAUUUGCAUUAAUUAUACCUUACAGAUUCCCUGGUUCUUCCAUUUUUAUUGUCACCCCAAUUGAUUUGUGUUUUCAUUUGUUUUCUCUUCUGUCAGUAAGUUGUACUUCCAGUUCCCGCUACAUACUACUUAUGUCUGUCCAUAUAAGGAGUAUACACUACGGCAAUACAAUUACUUUCAGUUAACCAUCAACCUCAUUACCUUCGAUAGAUUUUUUUGUGUGUAGUAAACAAUGUCAUAUUUCUUUAUGUUAAAAAGAACAGUGAUUAUGAAGUUAUAGAAAUGAUAGAUUUCUUAAUAAUGGAGUAAUGCAGAUGUAAAUAUAAAUUACAUUUUAAAAGUUUUAGAGCCCGGUUAGCGUUUGUCAAUUUGCGUCACUUCUGACGUAGGUGAGUUGUCCAUUUCUCAAUCGAAGGGUGUACAUGAUUUACAGCAAUCCUGUCUGUUCUACUCUAUAACUAUGAAAAAUUAUCUGUGAAAGUAGAAGGCGUACAUACGUUGAAGACUAUCGAAGUAUUGCUCACAUUUUAUGGAAUGGAUGAGUAAGCGAUAUUAAGGUUAGGUAUAGGCUAUUUUUUAAAAGUGACAAGUCGGCUGAUGAGGUAUUGAGACUUCAUUGCCUGAGGUGAUUAGAAUAUGUGUCACGUAUGCCUAACCAUCGCCUACCUCGACGGACGAUGCUUCCUAAUGUAGAGAUAAGUUGUAAGAAAGCUAGGCGAAGCUAAAUCAAAACGUGUCGUCAGUCCGUGUAGUCAUUGACUGUUGGUUUCAGGCAUGUUAGGAGAUGGAGAUUAUCUGGUAAGGCUCUGUGAGAUAAUUACGAUCAGAAUUUGGACACAUCGGGUAAAACGGUUCAGAAUUGUUCAUUUUAGUAUAGAUACAUUCACUCUAUCUUCCUAUCGAUCUUGGGUUCCAAGACUUUACUGAUACUAGCUGAGCUCAAACAUGGUCCAUUAAAACCCAGACUUUUAGUGUCUAAUGCACAAGGCUAGUCUAUAAAUACAAAUGAAUUUCUAAUUAUGUCAUCUUGCUUGUAAAAGUAACAAAUAAAUUUUUGGUUGACCUAUCAAGUAUUAAUGGCUGAAAUAGAGAAUAAUACGAUGUAUUUUGAAGUGAUUGUACGGUCAUUUGAGACAUACAGUACCAGCCGUAAAAAGAAUAACCAUUCUCCACAUGCCAUCUUAAACUAACUGGCGUAUCCAUCCGUAGUACAGUUAAUGCAACUUAGUUAUUGAAGUUUAAGCCAUAAUAUUUUACAUGACAGCCACUCAAAGUGAAGUACACGAUUUUUAUUUAUUUAUUUGAACACAUAAGUAUAGGUACAAAGGGGCAUCGAGUACAUAUGCGCCAUACAAGUCUCUCGAUUUGUGUGUGGGCUGUGUUACGGCCUGAAUACCCAAACCGAAGCAGGUGGUUUUCUUAGGUCACACCCAGAGCCUUCGACCUAAAUGUCUGAUCCACAACGCAGUGGAGCAACAUCAGGAGAUGCAGUCCCAUGGUAGCCGAUGAUCAACAAAAAAAAAGAAGAAAAAAAACAAACAAACAUGUUUACGAUAAAACAAUUAGAAAAACAGAAACUGUUAUGGAUAUAACAACUACAACAAAUUGAAUGUCAGUCAAAGUCAGCUACAACGUAGGACCAG